CUUUCUUCUUCUUCUUCUUCUUCUUCACUCAUUUCUUACCAUUGUCCAAUUUUAGAAGAACAAGCAAACUGAACAAUUUGAUUCAGUUUCCAUGGCGCUAAUCAUAAGCUUAGCGAGAGUCAAACUCUGUUCUCUGCUAUAUUUCGCCGCUGCUUCUCUCUUCGCCAUUGUUAGGGCUGAAGAUCCUUACAGGUUCUUUGACUGGAAUGUCACUUAUGGUGACAUUUACCCGCUCAGUGUUCGCCAACAGGGAAUCCUUAUCAAUGGACAAUUUCCAGGACCAGAUAUUCAUUCGGUUACUAAUGACAAUCUCAUUAUCAAUGUUUACAAUAGCUUGGACGAGCCUUUUCUCCUUUCUUGGAAUGGAAUUCAAAACAGGAGAAAUUCUUUUGAAGAUGGUGUAUGGGGGACCACAUGCCCAAUACCCCCUGGCAAGAAUUUCACAUACAUUCUCCAAGUGAAGGAUCAGAUUGGGAGCUUUUACUAUUUUCCUUCUCUUGCAUUCCACAAAGCUGCUGGUGGAUUUGGAGGUAUUAGAAUCCUUAGCAGACCAAGAAUCCCUGUUCCUUUUCCAGACCCUGCUGGUGAUUACACUGUUCUUAUUGGGGAUUGGUACAAGUCCAACCACACGGAUUUGAAAGCCCAUCUUGAUGGGGGUAAGAAGCUUCCUUCUCCUGAUGGAAUUCUCAUCAAUGGUCGUGGACCUAAUGGUUAUUCUCUUACUGUUGACCAAGGUAAGCUCUUAAGCUUCACAAGCAAUAUAAUAAGAGCACUCUUAUUGCUGGACAUGGUUUAGAUAAACAAAUAUUCCCGUCACAG